CCCCCGCUACUCUAAUUUGCUCCUGUUUGUUGCGCUUUGUCAGCUGCGGGUGAGGGAGGGUCCCAACCAACUGAAAUGCCUGGCAACUGUAACCAAGGGGCAGACAGAGCUGGGCUUGGUCAUUGGUCUGUGCGACUGACUGGGGGCAGACAGCGAGAGAAAGAGAGGGAGGGAGAGUGUGUGCGAGAGAGAGAGAGAGUGAGAGAGAAAGAGAGGGUGGGAGAGUGAGGGAGAGAGAAAAGAGGGGGAGGGGACAGUUAGAGAACAGAGAUAGUCGGGGGAGAGAAAGCUAGAUGGGUUUUCUGAAUAGGAAAUUUCUCCUGUUUCAGUUUUAAGAAGGAGUGUGAAUGAAGGAGGAGCGCAGAGCUGAGGGAGGAAAGAGAGAUGUGGUGAAGCCGAGAGAGAGAGAGAGAGAGAGAGAGAGGACCUCAGGUGCGGCCAAAACGAGAGGGCGGGAGAGCGAGCGAGGAGGCGAGGGAGUGUGUGAGCGAGAGAGCGAGAGAGAGAGCGCAAGAGAGAGGAAAAAGGGAACUGUGAGCUAGAGAGAGCAUCUCCUUCCCACUGCACCAGUGGUGAGGGACAGCUCCUUUUCACUGCUCUCAGCCUCUAUGAAAAGGGUAUUGUCUUCUUUCAAUCAGCGCGUAGUCAACUCUUUUCUUUUAUCACUCUGUCUUUCGAGCCUGAGCACUUCUUCGGGGGGGUUUAGUGCGUGUUUUAACUGAUUUAUUGCGAAUGCGAGCGGUGUGCGGUGCAGCCUGGCGUGAGGGAGCUCUCUGGAAGAACGCAGGGGGAAAAGAGACGCCGGUCGCAGAGACGGGCCGGGACCCGGAUCCUCCCCCUCCACCGCCGGAGUUUGUGUCCUCCCGCGCAGCCGGGGCUGUUGUUCCAGCCGGGAGACGUACAGUACUGACAGAGUGGAAGAAGAAAAAAAAACUCCAAAGGGGACACAGACUGGCCUCUCGCAACAAAAGCUGACUUUGAAUGGAGCCGGGCAUGUAUAAGUAAUAACAACAAUAAUAAAAAAGCAAGCGGCGCGGUGGACGGCACGCGGACAUGUACGCCUUUCUCCCUCGGCGAAGCCGGCGAGACGGAACAUAAACAAGUUUGUGUGAUAAACAGGCGAGCGGGACGAGGCCGGCCGCGGCAGAGACGCAGCGCCGCCGGGGUCCUCUUGUUCGGGAUUCCUCCGGAGAGGCGCACCGCGGAGCACGGGGUGUCCUCCCGUCCGAUGGUUUAGAGGGACCGGAGAAGAGGAAUUACGCGGCUCUGGAAAGCGUGGCCUUUCGUUUUUUCUCCUCGAAGCGUGACACGGCUUUUCUGCCGUUGCGGUCUGCGGAAAGAAAGUUCACGGAAAGCGACGGGAGUUGAAAUCAAGAGGCUGGAGCCACCGCUGUGGCGCACGACGGCGACACCCUGAACUGUUGUUUGGUGUUGGUUUGUCUCUUGCUCUGGCCGGUUAAAGAUCAUAAACGCGAUCUCUGGAAGGUCCGUGGAACAAGGGCUUGGACAUCCUCUCCCACAGAGCACUCAGUGUUUGUCUAGAGUGUCUGUGUUUUGAUUGGGACAAUGGGCGACGCGCAGGGGGUCCAGACAGCGACGGGGAUGGCUUGCUUUUGAAAGGGGAUUAAAAAGAAGUGGACGCGCUUAGCAAGGCUGGGGGGCUCGCUGAUCCUGGAGGAAUUUUGGAAGGAAUCCAUAUGCGGUAUGAGAAAUCAUAGACAAACCAUCAACGCAAAUAAGUAUCAGAAAGGAUCCCUUUAGAAUUUUGUCUUCACUGUAAAGAUGUUAAACUGUUUUUAGAAGUUUGUGAUAAUGUAAAAUUAUUUAAUGCAUACAUUAAGUUAUUUUUUCCCUCAUUUUUUUCUCAUUUCCACUCAAAAGAAUGAUCCUCGAGGCCUCCUGUCUUGUUUAAUCUCUUCCAGUAGUGUCUGCAGGAAAGUCGUCUCCUUGGCUUGUGUUGUUUUUUUUUCGCGUUUUUGCCCUGAGGUGUUUCUGUGUUCCUGGAUCUCUUCCCUCUGAGGACUUCGCAAAGCCCAGACAUUUGCACAACUCAUUAGAGGCGUAGAAUGCGGCCACAGACUAUGAGGAAGUGUUGGGAGAAGGCCUCGCAGGCCCGUCAUUGGCAGAUACACAUUUUAACUUUUUGGUUUUAUUUUUAAAGCAGUUGUACCGUCUUGUCUGCGGAGAUGGGGUCUUUGCCGGCUGACCUCUGCUCUGUUUUGCCCAGCUGCAUCCCAGUAUGACUGGCUGGAGGGGUCUAGCAGUGGCCUUUUGCUAUUGUUCUCCAGGUUUUUGUUGAUGGACCUUCUACCGAGACCCAGCUAUGUGAGAGAAGAAUAAAAGUCACAGAUAAAGCUGAAUUUGCCGACCGGUAUAGAGGACAGUGGAAGAUGUGCGGCCUUCAUUGACGAACCAUCUGUUGCGCUUGCCGUAAAGCAGGACUUGACCUACCUGAACCGGAACUAUAACGAUGAACCAGUCGGGAUUCAGUGAACUGGUGCCCACCCUCACUCCGAAUGAUAACAGCAGUUUGGGCAGCCCCAUCGGCGUAUCCUUCAACCACUCCUGCCCCUUGGGGUGGAGGCACAACGAAGGGGCGGAGGCCUGCGUCCUGGAGACGGCGGUCAUCGUGCUGCUGACCGUGCUCAUCAUCGUGGGGAACCUGACCGUGAUCUUCGUGUUCCACUGCGCGCCCCUGCUGCACCACUACACGACCAGCUACUUCAUCCAGACCAUGGCCUACGCCGACCUGCUGGUGGGCCUCAGCUGCCUGGUGCCCACGCUCUCCCUGCUCCACUUCCCCGCGGGCGUCCAGGAGCCCCUCACCUGCCAGGUGUUCAGCUACGUCAUCUCCGUGCUCAAGAGCGUGUCCAUGGCCUGCCUGGCCUGCAUCAGCGUGGACCGCUACCUGGCCAUCACCAAGCCGCUGUCCUACAACCAGCUGGUGACGCCGUGCCGGCUCCGCUGCUGCAUCGUGCUCAUCUGGAUCUACUCCUGCCUGGUCUUCCUGCCUUCCUUCUUUGGCUGGGGCAAGCCGGGCUACCACGGGGACAUCUUCGAGUGGUGCGCCCGCUCCUGGCCCACCUCCGCCCUGUUCACGGGGUUCGUGGUGUGCCUGCUGUACGCGCCGGCCGCCCUGGUGGUCUGCUUCACCUACUUCCACAUCUUCCGCAUCUGCCAGCAGCACAACCGCGAGAUCAGCGAGCGGCGGGCGCGCUUCCCCAGCCAGGAGAUGGAGGCCGGGGAGGGCGGGCACCACGCCGGGCACAGCCCGGACCGCCGCUACGCCAUGGUGCUCUUCCGCAUCACCAGCGUCUUCUACAUGCUGUGGCUCCCCUACAUCAUCUACUUCCUCCUCGAGAGCUCGCACGUGCUGGACAGCCCCGCCCUGUCCUUCGUCACCACGUGGCUGGCCAUUAGCAACAGCUUCUGCAACUGCGUCAUCUACAGCCUGUCCAAUAGCGUGUUCCGGCUGGGGAUGCGCAGGCUCUCCCAGACCCUGUGCUCCUUCAGCGCCUGCGCCACUGCGGACAAGGACUUCGGAGACCCGAAACCCCGAAAGAGAGCUAACUCGUGCUCCAUUUGAGAAGUGUGGGAGAUGAAAGGAGAAAAGGAAAACCCCCCCUCAGUUGAUCUGAAAGGAAAGCGAUGAAAGAGAUUUGUUCGAGGAAGCUACUGUAUGUAGUAGAGUCAGGUUUGUCCCAGAGGGGGGCACCUCCUCCUCUGGAAGUUUUUGAGAAAUCAUGAGCGGAGCUUCUAAGCUGUGUGUCUUAGCUACGGCGUUAUCGGAAUUAUGGCACAUUACUUGAACAGAUCAACGAGCGUUACGGGAAAAACAGCUGAGGGAAGUGGGAAUUCUUCAAAGCAGGCUCGUUUCUAAACACUUCUCACAAGGUUAAUACGGAUAAUAAUUUGCACAACUUUUAGCUGUGCUGCGCCACGGCUAGCUUCGUUGAACUAGCAGAAGGGUGUUCUCCCUGGCUGCAAAACCCACAGUCCCAAUCAGUCGUGGAAAUGUGAAGAGAUUGGCAGACGUGCGUUUAGAUGUAGCUCGUGUGCAGUCUCUGGAUCCACGUGAGGCGAAGCGGCAUCGUGAAGGUUUCAGUAAAUCCGCGGAACGGCGGAGGCUCGGUCCGUCGGCGGCACGCUGCAGAGACGUGCAAACGGGCGGAGUCGAUAGAUUAACACGCGCUCACGCACGCUCAACGCCGUGAUUUACACGGCGGACGACGGGCUGUAAAGUGCACUGAAUCCAGGCCCUCGGUGACUUACCGCGGGCUCUGCUCUUGCGAACGAGCUCGCUUCUACACCGCAAGGCUGGACGCCGACUGCAGGAAACGGCUCCUGUGCUGCAGUCGCAAAACGGGCCCCCUUACUGCAAAGGCCGUAGCUUUGAGCUGGACGUACGUGCACGCAAAAUAAGAUCCCAAUUGCUCAUGGCAUUCCAGUGUUUGAAAAAGCAUUGUAAUUGCAUUGUGGCUCAAAGGGCUUGGGUCAGCUGCGAAUGGAGAGGAUGGAUCGUGUUUAACGUUCCUCUUUUUGUGAUCGGCCUAGCCAGAGAGCAGGUGGCGGACUGAGAAUUUGAGAAGUUGAGAAGCCUCGAAAGACAGCGGCUGGGAAUUGAUUGACGCUUUUGUGUUCGGCGCGAGCCGGAUCCAGGCCCCAGCUGGGUUUGGCGUGCAGGUAGAACAUGGCCGCGCGGGAUUGAAUCCUCGGAUGAGUUCUUCCACUUGGGUUCUCACUUGACUGCUUGCAGGUGCACUUUCCCUGGCGUGGAACUCGUCCAACGGCUUGUCACAACAGGAUCGACUUCAAUCAGCGCGGCUGGGUCUCAGAGACUGCGUCCUUGUCUUUAAUGUGCUGGGGACAGACAGGCUAAAGGGGGGGUGGGGGCGAAUGCAAUCACUAUAAGGAUGACCAUUGAUCUUGCGCUACGCUUCAGUGUCUUUCGCUCGAAGUGGACAGAGCAGUAUCGAGCGUGGUCAUUUUUCCAUACCUGUUCUACCUGUUCUAGUCUAUAAGUAAAAGGUGAUGCAUAAAAAUAGCCUAAAGAACGCACAACUUCAGCGAUGCCUGGAGUUGUUGAGGUGUUUCCCUUUUCUCCUCUGUGACGAACCCCCUGGCGUCUGUCGUUAGGGCCGUUUGCCGGUACUGUGUCUGUGACCAUGUAAGAGCUAAGACAUGAGCGGCACGGCGAACUGAACCCGUAGCGUUAGCGUACGUGUGGCGUCCCUGCAGCAGGACUCCAUCCCUAGCGUAGGCAGCUCGCUCAAAUUAUCCUUCACAAGGUUUUACUCUUCGCUCAGAUUUACCUUGCGUAACAGAUUUGUUGUGUCUGUGCCUAAUAUUUAUUUUGAUUUACAUGGAAAGAUGGAAAUUCAAGAUUUGGGAUAUCUCCUCAUUUUCAAAUUAUUUUGGAUACAUUUUUAGGAAAUGAAUUUAGAGAUAGUGACAAGCAAGCUUUAUGAAAACAUCAAAUUCAGAGAACAUUCCAUUCCUGUUUUUAAAUCUUGUAUGUCUUUUGUAUGAUUGCUUUUUUAUUUUUAGUUUUUUUAAACGUGAAGCCAAAUGAGAACUUGAUCUGUGUGGUUUCCUAAUUGGGCAUUAUGACCUUUGUGUUGAUGGCAGAGUACUAUGUGGAUAGAGAAAAACCAAAAAGAAAAAAAACCGAUAACUAGCUGUCAAGUUUGUACCUUGCAAUUACGAGCAGCGACCUGUGUUCAGUCAACUUUUAUCCUUGACUUUAUUUCACAAUUAAAUAUAUCCUGUAGUUUUCCCUGUCACAGACUGAGUUUGUAAAGAGAAAGAAUUUCACUUGAAUUUAUGUGCAAGUCAAAGUUAAUGACAAAUGUUGAUUGAAUCCAGGUCGGUGCGAGUCCCUCACCCCAGCUGGAGUCUCUGCUUGCUGCUGUAAAUCACCGACUCGAGUCUUGCGUGGUUUAAUAAGAUUCGGAAACCAUGGGUCAUGUGUGCAAAACUGGUGAACUCCUCUGGUCAUUAGUCUACCUGAAGAAACCCACAAAAUGGGCUUUAUUACCGUACUGUGAAGUGCUGUGAAAGGCAUUUUUUUAAUCUUCGUUUUCUAUCUUUGAUUAAAGAAGAUUUUAGCCAAAAAAAAAAAAAAACAUAGGAUAUCUUUUCUGUGAAUAUCAUGAACUUCAUCUGUACUCAGAACCAUGAGCCUUUAUUUCUUAAUGUUUUCAGUCGGUAGCAUGACCUUAAGCUUAUCAGACGGUAGAUAGUAGACCCGUGAGACCUGUUGUCUCCCUUGGGAUUGAUGAGUAAUCAUUUCAUAUGACUGAAAAGUGUCAAUGUAUGCUUAUUUGUAGUUUUCCCUUUCAUGAAAGCUAACAGGGUUACUUCAGUAACUGGUGUUGAGAUACUGCAUAACAUCUAAUAAACUGUAAUUAUCUAUCUCCACUCUUAAAAGAAUGCAAACUUGGCACCAAUCUGUGGAGAUUUGUUACUUCAGUGUCAGCAGAUGCUACAAUUGGUUUAUCGCAUAGAUAAUGCUCAUGAGUCUUACACGGGUGUAUUUAUUGGGAGCAGUUAGCAGCAAGGGUACCUGUUAAAUUUCCUGUUAAUUUGUUGCAUUUGCCAGUCAGUCUAUUCUAUUUUUUGUUAAUUGCGAUUCAUUUUGUUCUGUUUAUGUUUGGGAGGGGUUUUCCAUUGCUCAUUUUUCAGAUUUUAAUGACCAAAUGUUUUUAAUUACGGAACUGUGGGAAUGCAGACUUAUAAAAUGGCAACGGAUCUCUUUAAGACUCAGAGUGCUCUGGUGAGCGUGUUGAAUUUUUUGCAUACAGAUUUUUUUAUUCCAUUACUGGUGUUGUAUAUAGGCUUAUUUAUUUAUUUAUUUGAUUAUGUACAUGAUGAUACACUGCUUGUUAAAUAGGAGUAUCUGUGUGUACCUGUUUUUAUCCUGCUGUACAGCUUAUGUGUUACAACAGAUUAAUGAAUUGAAAAAUCUCUAUUAAUGAUGGCACAUACUCAUGUGUAUUAAACUAGAUUGCUGCUGUGACAAAAUAGUAAGCUGUUUUUGAUUAGGAAACUAAUAUAAUAAAUUAUACAGUAUAUAUUUUUUUAUUUUGAAGAUUUUGUCAAAGGCUAUGGUUUUGCUGUUGCUACCAAUCAUGCGUAAUAAAAGACGAGGAAACAAAUAUGUCCUUUUUUAUUUCCUCUUUGAAUCUA